AUGAAGUACUUGGGAGCUUAUCUCCUGGCAACUUUGGGAGGCAAUGCAUCUCCGUCAGCAAAGGAUAUCCUCGCUAUUCUAGGCUUGACCUUUCAGGAGCUGGAGGGACUCGACUGUGAUAUGGAAGAUGCCACUAAGGUCGUCGAAGCUUUGGCUGGCAAGUCAUUACCAGAGGUUAUGGAGGAGGGAAAGAAGAAGCUUUCUUCCGUACCAUCCGGUGGAGGAGCUGAAGCUAAGAAGGAGGAGCCAAAAGAAGAGUCAGAUGAAGAUAUGGGAUUCGGUCUUUUCGACUGA